GCAGAAUGUGCACUUAGCAGUUCAUGCUGAGAACUUCAAGUCUGAAAUUGUCAGUGUGAAAGAGAUGCGAGAUAUCUGGUCGUGGAUCCCAGAGCGAUUUGCACUUUGCCAGCCUCUCUUGCUUUUCACCACCUUGGAACAUGGCUGUAGUCUGAGCAGGUUCUAUUCUCACAGCGAGGGACACGAACCAACUCUUCUCCUCAUCAAGACCACAGCAAAAGAGGUCUGUGGUGCCUACCUGUCAACUGACUGGAGCGAGCGCAGGCGAGGAGGGAACAAGCUGAGUUUCUUUGGAACUGGGGAGUGCUUUGUAUUUAGGCUGCAGCCAGAAGUGGAACGCUAUGAGUGGGUGAUCAUCAAACACCCAGAACUGGCCACAGCUGGUUCAGAGCCAGAAAAUCAUGCCUCGCCAGCUUCCAGCACCCUCACUUCCAGCAGUGGCCCAUCAGACCCCUCGGAUCGCCUUUCUCCCUUCUUAUCAGCUCGGCACUUCAACUUGCCUUCCAAAACAGCCUCCAUGUUCAUGGCUGGCAGCAACGAAUGCAUCAUUAUAGGAGGUGGUGAUGGCCAGGCUCUUUACCUCGAUGCAGAUCUCAACCAUGGAAGAACAAGCCACUGCAAUACUUUCAAUAAUCAGCCGUUGUGCUCUGAAAACUUCCAGAUCUCCGUCUUGGAGGUGUGGGGCUUCAGGGACACCAUGAAUGGUUGACGUGACUAUCAUUAAUCAGCUAGUUUUUCAAUUGUCCUAGGAUUACCAAGGCAAAUUCUAAUCCAGGAGCCAAGUUAGAACAUCAUUUCUGUUGGGCUCAGUGGUUUUUAGUAAUUACGAAGUGGUGCACUUAAAUG